UACCCAUUGGCUGUCGUCCCCCGUCAGUCAUCUCCCGCUCGGUGGAUUUGCCCGUUCCCUCCGUAAGCGCGUUAGUUUCUCAAUGAGCCGUAGUGUUUGGUUUGGUUUGACAAGUUUCCGCUGGAUCGCGAUGGAGUUAUAGGGGAAAGCCGCUAAUUGACGGAUCGAUAAUUAAAAAAAAGAAAGAAAAAAAAAAGUUGGGAGUUUUACCUUGUCGGCGUUUGGGGCAAAUGUAGGGGUUUUAGAGGGAGACGCUUGACGCUCUGCUCUCUGUUUACUUAGCCCGCUGUCAAUUGGACGCCACGACCGGAGUAGAAAAUGAACAGCUUGUCUUUUGACGACCCGUCGUUGGAUAACCUGGACCCAACCCUGUCGCUAAACGACCCGAGUGACAUCGACACGGCCCUCCUAAACGACAUUGAUGACAUGCUGCAGCUCAUCAACAACCAGGACAUGGAGUUUGGAGGGCUGUUUGACCCCCCUCCAUACUCGCGUCCUCCCCCCACACAGGAUCUCCCUGUCCUGACCCAGUCCAUCUCCAGUGCUCCCCCUCCAGCCACUACUUCUACCCUUCCAGCUCCAUCUUCCUCCCCUUCCUCCAUCCUGAGCAGCAGCCCCCACCUGGAUGCUCUGCUGGGCCCCCCCAUCACCCGUAGCUCCUCUACCCCUGACAAGACCUUUCAACCUCCCACCUUCCAGCAAUCCCCCCUGGCCCAGGUAGCCAACUCCAACCCUAGGCAGCAGCCAGCCUCCCCACAGCAGGCUCAGGGCAUCAGGCAGAAGGUGGACCAGCCUCAGCCGAUUCUCAGUCCACCAGCUCAGGCAGCCUCCCCGAAUGGCUCACCAGGCCAGAGCCCAUCAUUUAGCUUAACACCCCAGGCCCUCUUCACCUCUCCUGUACCCCAGCAGCAGAAGCCUCAGCCUCAGCCCCAGGCUCAGCCACAACUCCAGGCUCAGGCACCGGCUCACACCCAGCAGGCCCGGGUCAGCUUCAGCAACCAGAACAGCUUCAUGGCUGUCAGUCAAGGAGGUGCUAGCCAACCGGUGUCAACCUUGUCUUCUUCGUCACCGACGGUUCAAACGAUGACCAUCCAGACUCAGGUCCAGGGACUGACGACCACCUCCGCUCUCCUGGCCACCUCAGCAAGCCCACCAGUACAGACCAUCGCUUCCCACGUGCAGCAAGUACCCGUGCUGCUGCAGCCCCAGUUCAUCAAAGCCGAGUCUCUGCUGCUGACCACUCUGAAACAUGACCCCUGUAUGGUGACCACGGUGGCCUCCCCCACAUCUCUGACCACCACCCCAGUGCAAAGCACCUCGCUGCAGGCUCUGAUGGGGGGAGGCACCAUCCUGACCACAGUUCCCGUCAUGGUUGACGCUGAGAAGCUUCCGAUCAACCGCAUCGCCAUCAGUGGCAAGCCAGUGGGCCAGCCCCACAAGGGGGAAAAACGCACUGCCCACAAUGCCAUCGAGAAGCGUUACCGCUCCUCUAUAAAUGACAAAAUCAUUGAGCUGAAAGACCUGGUGGCCGGCACAGAAGCUAAGCUCAACAAGUCAGCUGUGCUGAGGAAGGCCAUCGAUUACAUCCGCUACUUGCAACAGGCCAACCAGAAACUCAAACAAGAAAACCUGGCUCUCAAAAUGGUCGCCCAGAAAAACAAGUCUCUGAAGGACCUUGUUGCGAUGGAGGUUGAUGGACAGGCAGAGGUGAAGAGUGAGCUGCCCACCCCCCCAGCUUCCGACGUGGGCUCUCCGACCUCUUUCCACUGUGGCAGUGACUCAGAGCCUGACAGCCCCAUGGGCGAGGACACCAAGCCGACUGUAGGAGCACUGGACAGAUCCCCAGUGGGAGGUGCAGGGGGCAUGUUGGAUCGCUCCCGCAUGGCGUUGUGUGCCUUCACCUUCCUCUUCCUCUCCCUAAAUCCUUUGGCCGCUCUGCUCUGUGGGUCCGCAGGCAGCAGCUUUGCUGCAGGCAGCACCACGACCACCCAUGGCACAGGCAGGACCAUGCUGGGCUUUGAAAUUGCAGCGGAUUCAUGGGGCUGGAUGGAUUGGAUGUUGCCCACCUUACUGGUCUGGUUACUGAAUGGUAUUCUGGUGUCGGGGGUUCUAAUCCGACUGUUGGUGUAUGGAGAGCCUGUAACCAGACCUCACUCUGGCUCCUCUGUCCUGUUCUGGAGGCACCGCAAGCAGGCCGAUCUGGAUCUGGCCAGGGGAGAUUUUGCCCAGGCCAGUCAGAACCUAUGGACCUGUCUGAAGGCUCUUGGUCGACCCUUACCCACUUCCCAGCUGGACCUGGCCUGUGCUGUCCUGUGGGCCCUGCUGCGACUCUGCCUCCAGCGCCUCUGGGUGGGCCGCUGGCUGGCUGCCAGGGCCGGGGGCCUGCGAGCUGACCGCCCCCUGCAGGAGGAUGCGUGCAAGAGCAGCCGUGACGCUGCCCUGGUCUACCACCGCCUGCACCAGUUGCACAUGACCGGCAAGCUGAACGGCAGCCACUUGUCAGCAGUGCACAUGUCUCUGAGUGCAGUCAACCUGGCAGAGUGCGCUGGCCCCUGUCUGCCUGUCGCCACUCUGGCUGAGAUCUAUGUCUCUGCUGCUCUGCGGGUCAAAGCCAGCCUGCCCAGGAUCCUGCAUUUCACAUCUCGUGUGUUCCUGAGUAGUGCUCGCCAGGCAUGCCUUUCGUCGAGCGGCAGCGUUCCUCCGGCCAUGCAAUGGCUCUGUCACCCCAUGGGCCAUCGCUUCUUCGUAGACGGGGACUGGGCCGUUCGCAGCACCCCUAAAGAGAGCAUCUACAGUCAGGCCGGCAAUACAGUAGACCCUCUGGCGCAGGUAACCCAGGCUUUCAGAGAACACCUGCUCGAGAAGGCUCUGUACUGUGUGGCCCAGCCUCGGGGAGAGAAGACACCCAGCCAGGGAGAGGGGGAGUAUGCUGACGCCCUGGAGUACCUCCAGCUGUUGACUAGCGCAUCGGACGCAGCCGGCGCCACCACCCAGUCUUUUGCCAUUGGCUCCAAUAUGGCCACUGUCACUGGCUGUGACCCCCACUCCAAGUGGUGGUCCUCAGUGGCCGUGGUGAUCAUCAACUGGCUCCAAGGGGACGACGCUGCAGCCGAGAGACUCUAUCCAGCUGUGGAACACCUGCCACGUAGUCUUCAGAACGCAGAGAGUCGCCUGCCCAAGGCGUCUCUGAACACGUUCCGGGCGGUGCGCGCUCUGCUGUCCAAGCCAGAGAACUGCCAGCUGAGUCUGAGCCACAGCGACAAGGCCAGCACCCUGCUCAGAGACAGCCUCAACCUGGGACCACACUGCCACAGCUCCAGCUUAGACAAGGUUGUCCAGUUGCUCCUGUGCGACCUGCUGUUGGUGAUCAGGACCAACGUGUGGCGUCUGCAGCAGCAGGGUACCGGUCCUGGAGGGUCAGGGGCAGCUGGGAGUAGCAGCCCUUCAGGGGUCCACCAGGCCUCCCCGCCAGAGCUUCAGGGCUUCCAGCAAGACCUCAGCUCCCUUCGCAAGCUGGCCCACAGUUUCAGGCCCGCGAUGAGACGGUUGUUCCUUCAUGAAGCUACGGCCAGGCUGAUGGCAGGGGCCAGUCCCACCCGCACACAUCAGCUCCUGGAUCGCUCGCUGCGACGUAGAGCCACCCCGGGAGCCAAGACAGAGGAGUGCGAGACACGGCCAGGCCAGCGGGAACAGGCAGAGGCAGUAAUGCUGGCGUGCCGCUACCUGCCCCCCUCCUUCCUGUCGGCCCCGGGCCAGAGGGUGGGCAUGCUGGCCGACGCCGCCCGCACCUUGGAGAAACUGGGAGACAAGAGAACUCUCCACGACUGCCAGCAGAUGAUCAUCAAGCUGGGCAGUGGCACCACAGUCACCUCCAGCUAGACAGAAAAGUGGCCCAGAGACAUGCACUUAAAAGGGCGUAGAAAGGCUGAUUCAUUCUUUUGCUAACAUACACAGAUACAGGUACACCUUCUCACUGAGACACCAGUGAAGACAAAAACACCUCACAUGGAGACUCUUGCAUACAGUCAUACACAAUAGCCUGCAGCUAAUGGACAGACUGACUGAAUGUAUAGUGAAUCAUAACAGACAGACAGAAUCUCCUCCCCACGACCUGUCGUCUGUCCCCAAACCUGUUGUCCUCUACUUUUUUUUUUCUUUUUUCCUUGGGUCAGAAAACAUCUCAAGAGUUUACGCUAUGAGCUCCUCCCACCAACUCCCAAUUUUAGUGUUGCCAGUUACAUGCUAUUCAAUGCUACACCCAGAAUAUAGAAUGCAUUUUUCCUACCGGAGCUGAAAUCCUCAGCGGAUAUGCAUUGCAGCAACUGAGUCUGACCACAGGGGGGUGUCGUCACAUCCCUUUGGUGGACAGUGUGAAUGGCGGCGUUUGAGUACGUGUGUUAAGGACGGAUGAGAUGUUUGUCCUGCAUUUAUUCAGAAUGGACUCACCUCAGUGUUUUGGGUUAGGAUGCACCUUGUCCGGGUAAAUCAAACGGCAUUGACUGGUGUGUUGGCGUGUCUGGCUCCCCUGAUGGGUUGCAGAACGAGCUGUCUCGUUUAAGCGGGCCGAGCUGACCAAACUAAUUUAUCAGAUCACGGGCUUGCUCCGCAGGUCCUUCCGGAUAGAUUAGUUGCAUCUAAAGUUGAUAUAUUGUUUGGACAACUUUCUCCCUGUGAUAGUUUUGAGAUGCCAUGACCUACUGAGCGGGGGGCCCCCUUGUCUCUCACAUGCACUAGCCUUAUGAGGCUUCUUUCAAUGAUUUAAUGAAUAAUAUGGCUUUAUAUGCUUUUUAUUGUCACAAUUUUUUUCUGUGUACAUAUUUUACAGUGUAUUUAUAAUCUGUAUGAAGUUUGAUCAAUCAGUAUUUUACAUCAUUGGCAGGAUAUUUUUCUUAACGCAUCCUUCACCAUUUUUGUAGCAUUGGAAUAGGCCCAAAAAAAAGACGUGUACUGUGCCGUCAAUGGUGAUGAGUGUCCAAAUGGUUAUGUGUCAAAGUGUCGGGGUGAUGUGGGUGUCAUGUCGUCUGACUCGGUUGAUUGUUUGCACUAUUGCACAAGUCGUGUGCAGCUAUGAUAUCAAGGCAAGUCGGCACUGUCCGACUUUACCAUCAGCAGCUUAAUGUUUUAAACAAAGUGAACCUUUGUCGUAUUUUUGUUUUUUGCAACAAAGUUAUUAAAGUCCCCCGAUCGAUUUCAAAAUAAUUGACACUCUUUCCAAAGUGGGCCUUCAGUGAUUCGUUGUGUUUACCUUGUAGCGCCAAAAAAAGACACACUUAUUCUACCAUUCAUGUGUUUUAUGCAUCCUAGAGAGCCAGCUCUUAGGUUUUUAAGAAAGCUGUAAAAUACGUUUUGAAUCCUACGCAUGUUUUUUUCUUUGUGUGACAGGACAGGUAUGUUCCUUGCUUGUUAUUAUCGAGAAAGACCGGAAGACGUUGGUUGGAGAGUGCGUGGUGAGACGCAGCCACGUGUCACAUGUGUCGUCAGUGUACUCUUUAACUAACCCCUGUCGUUUUCUGUCUCUUCUGCUCUUUGUUCUUUGGAUUAUUCUUCGAUGAUGUAAAUAUAAGAAUAUUUUGUAACGAA